AAAAAUUACGUCGACGGUCUCCUUCGGUACCCAAUUUCGCUCACAAACGGCCGCGGGCUCGACCAGAUUGAGGACAUUAUGGAGCGUGCGGCGUGCAACCGGUCGGUGGAGAAGACCGACAUGAACGCCGAGUCGUCGCGGUCGCAUUCGAUCUUUACGCUGCACUUGCGCGGCAGCAAGCGUGACGACGACGGCAGCGAAGUCGAGCUCCUCGGCAGCCUCAGUCUCGUGGACCUCGCGGGGAGCGAGCGGCUCUCGCGCUCGGGGGCAACCGGCGACCGGCUCAAGGAAGCCCAAGCGAUCAACAAGAGUCUGAGCUCGCUCGCCGACGUCUUUAGUGCGAUCGCCAAGAAGCAAAACCACAUUCCGUACCGCAACAGCAAGCUCACGUAUGUGCUGCAGCCCGCCCUCUCGGGCGACGGCAAGACGCUCAUGAUGGUCAAUUUGAGUCCGACGGACGCCAGCAUUGACGAGUCGCUCUGCUCGCUCCGGUUCGCGACCCAAGUCAACCAGUGCGAGCUCGGUGCGGCCGGCCGUCAAGUGACCAAGCGCGAGGCCCGACCGGAAAUGGACAUUGGGAGCAGCAACCAAUCGGGGCCGUCGACGCCACCGAAGGGCAAGGGCCCGCGGCUCUCGCUGCCGUCGUCGGCGUCCAUCAAGGCGCUGCGCAAGCCGACAGGCCGCGCGAUUGACGCAAGCUGAUCGAGACAUGUCCCUAGCAGUAUUUAUGCGUAUACCUCAUUUUUGUGCACAAUAUGACAGUUUGCUUCUAGUC